AUGUCCAAUCUGGGCGUUCUUCGGGGCGCUCCCGAAGCAGCAAGAAUCAAUGCCCCGUCGUCAGCUUACCUUGGCAAUGGCCCCAAUCCCUUAACCGCUGCGAACAAGGAGAACGUUCCCACUGGCACCGGCUCAUCUCCUACCGACAAAGCUGCUUAUAAUCCAGCUGUCACUCCAAGCCAACCUGCUCCCAACAACCGGAAGCGCAAGGCACCCGCGACUCCGCCGGCUCCACGGCCCCUGCCGACAGCCGAUGAACUUGAGGACGUCAUCAUCGAAGGCCCUCUCACCGACAACUGUGAUCAAGUGCGCCGUAAAAUCAACCGCGCUCUUGAUGCAGGCAUAAUCACCAAGACGGCUUUGGCCGGAGAGCUCGGCGUGAGUGUCAAGUCUCUCGGUGGCUUUCUCCGUGAGCACGGCGCGUACAAAGGUCAAGGCUACAGCCCCUACCCUGCCGCGUGGGAGUACUUCAAGAAGCUCGAGGCUGUCGGUUACAAGAUCCCCAACAAGACAUCCGCCACCAAGAAGCAGAAGACAGAUUCCGCGGCCGGUUCCGCGGCUGGAAGCUCCUCCGCCCAGGCGGCUGGUGCCAGUAACAGCGCGGGAGUCGAUAUCAGUGACGUCUAUCUCGAGGGCGAGGAAACUGAUGAUGUGCCUGUUUACGAGACGUGUGAUGAGAUCCGGAGGAAGAUUGAUGCGUACCUGAAAAAGCCUGGCGUUACCAUGGCGCAGUUCUGCCGCGAUAUUCAUGCGCAGUUUCAUGGCAUUAACCGACCGGCCAAUAUUCACACCUCGCAGUUGACCCGCUUCCGUGGUAUGAAGGGAGCCAGAGCGGGCGCGACCUCUUCUGUUUUCUACGGCGCCUAUGUUUUCUUCGAAAAAUUGCGGAUAAAGGAGAAAAAGCCAAUGACCAAGCAUCGCCAGGACAUGGAGGAGAUCUGGCCUGGAGGGUUUGACCGUACCGAUGACGGGCGGAAGGGUUACAUUUGCUUCGCGGGCGAGAGGCCCUAUAUGGAUCAUUACGGCCGAAUUACCAUUCAGUAACUGGGCAACGCCAGAGUUCUUGUGGGGUUGAGCCGAGCCGAUUUGCUUGGAAGUGUGGGCAACUCUCGAAUGAAGAGCACGGUAUAGGGAUUGUAUAUGGGAGAUCCCUUCGCGGAGUUUAUUGUAGCGGCCAUUUUGAUAGGCUAUUGAUUGAGUUACAUGGCUAGAAUCAUCCCGAGUAGAGAUAGAAUAAUGGAAGUUGCCACCAA